AUGUUAGGGUACUUGCUUUCCUGGUUCAAAAGUGAACCAUCAUCUCCUGAAGUCAUCAGCAAGGUCCAAAGUUUGAUCAAUGCAAACAAAAUUGUGGUUUUUUCAAAAUCUUACUGUCCAUAUUGCUCACAAACCAAGCAAUUGUUGAACCAAGUUGGAGCCAGUGACGUGAACAUUAUUGAGUUGAACAAUGUUUCUGAUGGAGCUGCUAUGCAAAAUGCAUUGCAAGAGAUUACCGGACAAAGAACUGUACCCAACACUUUUAUAAACCAAAAACAUAUUGGAGGAAACAGUGAAUUGCAGCAGUUGCACCGUGCAAACAAACUUGUGCCAAUGUUGUAG